AUGCCUUUAGCUAGAGAUUUACUGCAUCCUUCCUUGGACGAGGAAAAGAAAAAACAUAAAAAGAAAUGGCUGGUUCAAAGUCCAAAUUCUUACUUCAUGGAUGAAAAAUGUCCAGGUUGCUACAAGAUUACCACAGUUUUCAACCAUGCUCAGACAGCAAUGCUUUGUGUAGGCUGUUCAACAGUGCUGUUCCAGCCAACAGGAGGAAAAGCCAGACUCACAGAAGGCUGUUCAUUUAGAAGGAAGCAACACUAA